AUGUCCCAGUCCCGAGAGAAAGACUCCAAAAAUGACAUUGUCGUCGCUGAGAGCGGAGGGGGAUCCCCCGUGAGAUCGAGAAAGCCGUCCCAGAUCGUAUCAGAUGGACAGCCGUACACUGAGACGAAGAAGACAUGGAGGUCAUUUUUCUGGUCGAGUGAGCAUCCAAAUAUUAAUAGCCAGACACAUAACGACGACGCACUGACCGAUAUAGCACUCGAUGUGCCAGAGGACGAGGCCCGAUUUCUCACCAAGCUCGAUCUGACGCUCAUCUCUUCGUCGGCCCUGGGUGUAAUGUGCCGCUACCUCGACCAGGUCAACAUCACCAAUGCAGUCAACAGUGGUAUGAAGGAGGAUCUCGCGCUAUACGGGAAAGAGCUCAACUACGCCACCGCCAUCUGGAGCGCCGCCUAUGUCUUUGGACAGAUUCCCUCGAAUUUACUUCUUAUACGGGUCAACGCGCCCCUGUACAUUGCAUUUCUGGAGUUCGCCUGGACCGUCUUUACAUUCGCCCACGCCGGUGUCAAGGACGUCAACCAGCUCCACGUCUUUCGUUUCUUCGUUGGCCUGUUCGAGGCCGGCCAUUUCCCUGCAGUCAUGUACGUGUGCUCGAGCUACUACAAGCCCCACGAGCUAGCACGACGCAACACGUUGAUCCAAGUCUUCACCUCUGUCGGCCCUCUUUUCUCCGGUUUUCUCAUGGCCGCCGUCCAUGCCGGAUUGAACGGCUCUAACGGACUCGCCGGGUGGCGCUGGAUGUACAUGUGGGUGCUCCUGAUCAUGGAUACCCUGUCGAGCUUUAUCAACGAGAGCAUAGAGUCUGUGGUUGUCCAAGUUCCCUUGUUCUUCGCCUUCCUGACCCAUGUGGGCCAGUCCGGAGGCUCGAUGAUCUUCUGGGUUAAGAAUUACAACAUCCCCGGUAAACCAGCCGCAUUUUCCGUUGCCGAGAUUAACAUCAUCCCCCUUGGUAUCAACAUUAUCUCAAUCAUCUGUAUCCUGAUAAACUCGUGGGUGUCAGAUAGCUUGCCAGGCGCGGCCAGAUGGCCGGGCAUGGUGUUUGCGAGUGUGAUGGCCAUCAUCUUCCCCAUUGCACUAGCUGCCACGCCCGUCCAUCCGGCCAACAUUGCAACCCGUUGGGCGCUUUACUACCUCACCGCUCUGUCUGGAACCUGUGCCGGCAUUACUUGGACGUGGGUCAACGGGACGAACCGAGAUGAUCCCGAGAAGCGCGCGUAUACCUCUGCGUUGAUGAACGCGUUCGCUUACGUCUUCAUCGCCUGGGUUCCGAUCUUCACCUUCCCAGCCAAUCUGCAGCCGUACAUUGUGACCGGCGACUACAUCACGGCUGGGUUCGGCGCCGCCGCGGCGAUAACCGCUCUCGUCAUGAGACACUUUUAUAAUCGAGAUCUCAAGCUGCAGUCGCGGAACAACUCCAAGGGCGUCGAAGGGUGGUUUCAAAGCACAUCCGUUGGUACCGCUGAAGCUCGCGCAACAGGUAGCAGAUCUGGACACAUUUAA